GAGUAGCCCCAGAAUUAGUUGUCAUCGUGGUCGACCGAAAAAUCCAAUAUCGACCCUCCUGAUCCUCCAGAAGAUCCUGCUCCUUUGCCCAAGAUAUGGAAAUGGUUCACACGGCCAUUGGAGUUGCGGGCAUAGUGGCCCUGUUUAUGGUAGUUUCCCGUUCGGUGACUCAAGUGGGUGGCAGGGUGUUAAACCAAACCCGUGAUCCGAUCGCUGACCUUGUGAGGCGCGGUGGUCCAGUGGCGGAUCAGCUGUCCGCCGUCGAGGGGGAAACUCCUCUAGUAGAGGGCGAUCGCAUGGAUGGCGCCUGCUCCGUGGUGCAAAGUAUUGGAGGCAAGGCGUGUGCCUUUGUAGGGCCAUUGCUUCCAAAGUUUGGCAGUGAACAUAAUUCAGAGGGCUCACCGAAGGAAGACGAAAAGGAUGAAAAGGACUCGGAGCCGGUAGUAGUAAAAACUGAAACACCGCCAGCGGCAGAAUUACCCGAAGAGGAGUAGGAUCUGGUCAGCAAUUAAAGUUACCAGAAUGUAAAA